AUGGCCGGGAUGCUCUCUGCCUGGGCAAAGGAGCCGGUGCUGGUGGUGCCCUCCGUCUGUGGCCUCGCUAUAAUUAUGCCCAUAGUCAGCCCCUAUACCAAGUAUGCUGCCAUGAUCAACCAGGCCACACCCUUCCACUACCCAGUCCCUUUAGGAGGUAAUGGGAAAGGCCCGAUGUGCCCAGCCACUCCCAGGACCCUCACGGGCCCAAGCCUGGAAUAG